AUGCCAGACGACCAAGACUCCCUUUCAUGGGAUCUCGGUUCCGCAAUUGAUCUCCUGAAAAGCCUAAGCCUCCCUAAGUACGACCCGACCUCAGCUCUCGAGCUCGUUACGCCUCUCGCGCACCAAGAUGCAGACCGCGAGGAAAGAGCCGAGCACAGCCUCGGAGACUUCUCCACGCUUUGGGACUUCUUUGGCCUGCCUCCCACAACAGACGAGCAGCAAGACUCCGAAUUGAUCAAAUACGAAGUCAACAACGAGCCCGUGGCCGAGGUUGAACUCGAUCACCUGAACAAGGGUGUUCGGUGGCGGGAUGAAGUGGAUGGCACAGACCUAGAAGAGACCGUUGCAUCCACCAAAGUUACCGCCGCAUCCAUUCGCAACAAGAAACGGACCGAAAGAAGAGCAAGGGCGAAAGAAAGAGCAGAGAAGCUUGUCGCUGAACCCCAACAGAAAUCUGCCUCGGACACAUCUGAUCACGAGUCCGGCGAGGAGCUUGAAGCUCUCCGCAGGUCUCCAGACCGGAGGGGUGUUAUCGAUGAUAUUAUCGGUCGCCAUAGACCGGCCAUUCGUGACAGCUAUUCGCCGCCAACAUCGCCAUCGCCGCCCAAGUCAAUUGUCAGAAUUACGAAGCGGAGUGGGCCUAUUUCCAAUCCAUUUCUUUGGACUGCUCCUGGCGUUCCUUCACCAUCACGCCCGACAGUCAUUGCUCCUCGCGAUGGACUGUCCCCGAGAGCCAGGAAACAGGCACUCAUUACGGAACUGAUGCGUCAAUUUCCUGACGAAAAGAAAUAUUUGAAGAACUCUGGACUUCUGGAGCCUGCAUUUACACCUCUGAAUGUAUCCAAAAUUGGGAUACACGUGUUCGUUGACAUCUCGAACAUAUCCAUUGGCUUCCACGAUUGCUUGAAACUAGCUCGUGGCAUGCCCCGAGAGACACGACUCAAGCGUGUCCCGUUGUGUUUCCACAAUUUUUCACUUAUUCUCGAACGAGGCCGGCCCGCGGCCAAACGCGUUCUCGUUGGGUCCGAUAAAUCCGCCGUGGUCCAACAGGCCAAGUCGAUCGGCUUCGAAACCAACAUUCUCGAGCGUGUGCAUAAGGCCAAAGAGCUGACGCCGCGGCAAAAGAAGUACCAAUCCCGUUCUGCCGGGGAAACAAGUGGCUCUGAAACGAACACGACUUUCCCCAACACCAACACUCCGACGACGGCGGAGAAGUGGGUCGAGCAGGCUGUGGACGAAAUUCUGCACCUGAAGAUCCUCGAGUCAUUGAUCGACGCUGAGAAGCCCAGCACCAUUGUCCUCGCCACAGGUGACGCCGCCGAGGCCGAGUACUCUGGCGGCUUUUUGAGGAUGGUCGAGCGUGCAUUGGAAAAAGGCUGGUCUGUCGAACUGGUCAGUUUCAGGCUCAACACUAGUAGUCUGUACAAGAGGAAGGAAUUCCGGUCGAGAUGGGGCCCGAUGUUCAAAUGGAUCGAACUCGAUUCGUUUGUUGAGUUCCUGAUUGACGAGGAGGAGGACUUUUAA